AUGGAAAAUGUUACUGCCUAUAUUGAUGAUAUACUCGUACAUUCAGAGGAUUUUGAGUCACAUAUAGAGACAUUGACCAAUGUUUUUAAUCGCUUAGAGAAAGCAGGCUUGAAAUUAAAAGCUGAUAAAUGUAGAUUUUUGGAAAAUAAAUGUAUAUAAUUAGGCCAUGAACUGAAUAAAGACGGGUAUAAACCUUCAUUAACAAAUUGUGAAGCAAUAACUAAUUUUCCUAUCCCUUCUAACACGAAGGAGGUGAAGAGAUUUCUAGGAUUAACGUCCUUUUUUAGGAAAUUUAUCUCGAACUUUGCUUCAAUUGCAUGGCCGUUAAAUAACUUAACGAGAGGUAAUGAAAAGAAAUUUGAAUGGGGAGAAAAGGAAGAAAAUGCAUU